AUGGAAUCUGUCUGGAAAAGUAGAAGUAACCGUUUAACCGUCAACACCGACCAUAGUAAUACCACAACAACGACUACGAUUGCAACGGCGACGACUCCAACAACUUCUACAUCGUCGACAAAACUUAUUCAACUUCAACGUACAAAUUCGCCAAAUGGAGUUACUAGUGCGUCUGCUGUUCUUCUAACACCGACGACGCCCCUUGGAAUGGGUUCAGGACUAAUGAAUAGUAGUAGCGGAAGCGGAUAUCUUGCUAAGCACCGUUUGAGCGUCACAAGUGGUGGAGGUGAGGAUAAAGAUCAUAAAGAGAAAGAAAAUGGGAAUAGUAGUAAUGGUUUGGUAAUUGGAUUGACGCGUCAGCAAUUCACACCAAGCCCCACAAGUGAAAUCCAUCCAUUGCAUUUUACGUGGGUGUUUUGGUUCAUGCACCGAAGCCCUGGUAGUAAGAUAUUAAAUUACGAAAGUUCAAUGAAAAAAAUCGCAGCCUUUUCUUCGAUAGAAGAUUUUUGGGCUGUUUAUAGUCAUCUUCGAAGACCUCACGAAUUACCUAAUAUUAGUGACUACCAUCUUUUUAAACAAGGUGUUAGACCAGUAUGGGAGGACGACACUAAUAUUAAUGGAGGUAAGUGGAUCGUGAGGUUAAAGAAAGGACUUGCUAGUCGAUACUGGGAGAGUUUGGUGAUGGCAGUCAUUGGUGAUCAAUUUGAUGUGGGCACGGAGAUUUGUGGAGCGGUGCUGUCUAUCCGCAGUUCGGAGGACAUCCUGUCCCUGUGGAAUCAGUCCGCACAUGAAGGAAGAAUUAACUUAAAAAUACGGGACACAAUGAAACGUGUCUUGAAUUUGCCAGGCGAGACAAUUAUGGAGUAUAAAACGCAUAAUGAUGCAUUGAAAGAUAAUUCUAGUUUUAGAAAUACUGAUGUUUUCCGAUGA